AAUAGUUCGAAGACAAUCAGACGAAUUCAUUAAUAAGAUAAAGAGUUCCUUAAUCCACUCUUUCUUUUUUAACCUAAUCUACGCCACUGGUCUAUGUCAUUUGGUCAAGUGUAGUCGCCAUUUGUGAAAAGUCUUAAUUAUCAUCAGAAGAUUUUUUCACAAUGAUACCUGGGAAUGUUGAUCCACGAAGACCUGAUAAAGUGCAAAGAUAUAAACCUAGCCCAGUUAGUGCAAAUGGUCAAGGCGAAGAUCUCACCCCUGACUAUAUGAAUAUUUUGGGUCACCAGGCGACCACGGCAAAUGCAGUGGAGUCCCAUGAAAUAAAUGCUGGUGGUGAACCCCAAAUGGAGGAGCCCCACGAAGAAGGUCAUGAGUGUGUUUCAAUUACCACUACUAAUGCUACUAACGUGAUACCCACAAGCCCUCAAUAUGGUGUUGCGAUUAUUUCCAAUGCCGCUAUAACAGAAACUUCUUCAGAAAAUAACGUGCCAGCGACGGAGGUUGUUCCAGACAUUCUGUCCAAACCACCAGAUGACAUAAAAGACCCCCAGUCGACACCAAGUAGGAACGAUAGGUUUAAAGUAGUGAAAAUUGCUAGUUUAGAACCUUUCAAAAGAGGAAGAUGGAAAUGCAUGGAUUAUGUGGAUGAAGUGCCACCACAAACCAGCCAACCUUCAAAAAUCACUCAGUCAGCAGGUAACCUGCAAGUUGGAGGUCUUUAUAUGCAAACCCAGAGCUUGCCCCCACAACAGAUACAACAGAUCCUGAUGCAGGGAGGUUACACAAAUGGCACUCAGUUUUUUCAAAACGUUCCAGCACAAAUGUUGCCUCAAACUCAAUAUUUUUACCCGGCUGGUACUAGUAUACCCCAGCAGAACAUGCAACAGCAGAUUGUGAAUUCCGGAGGAGUGCCAAGCAGUAUGCCUACCCAAUUUAUCAAUACUUCCCAGCAAUAUUUCCAGCCUCAUAUGGUUCCAAAUUCAAGUACUUUUACGAUACCUCAGAAUUACCAGAAUAUUCAGUAUGUACCAGCCAAUAUGAUACAAAGUCAGAAUAGUGCUUUUGUGCCUACUUCGCAGAGUAUUCAACUACCGAUGAAUUUUCAACAGAGUCAAACCUUUGCCGGUCAACCUAAUGUGGGUCAGGCAAACAUCUCGCAGCCUAUUGUGAAUGGGCACGCGUAUCCACAGCAGAAUGAACAAAACGCAAACAGUUUACCUACACAAAAUGCAAAAAAUGUGAUCUUAAAUUCCGCAGUGCAACAGCCGGUGGUCAGUCAGUCUCAGUUGACACAACAGAACAUGCAGAACCAGAUGACGAUGCAAACCAACUCCCAACCUGUCUCUGUUGUACAAAGUCAGCAGUUUCAGCAACAACAAACUCAGAACACCAACUCUAAUCAUCCGAUAAUGUCUGUGCAACAGCACAACAUGCAGCCAGUUCAGCAAGUUGUGGCGAUUUCAUCACAGAAUUUCGACCAAAGCAUAGCCAGUAACGUGUAUACUAAUCCCCAAUUCGCAACGAGUGUGAACAGUUUAACGAUUUUAGAGAAUGUCGAGAAUUCCUCGGAGAACAUAAACGAGAACGUGAGUACGACCGAAGCUAGUGGUGAUAAUCCGGACGAUCCUGCAAAGACGAAUCCUGUUGUUAAUGCGAUAGAUAAUAAAAUCGAGCAGGCCAUGGAUUUGGUGAAGAGUCAUUUGAUGUAUACGGUUAGGGAAGAAGUGGAGGUGCUCAAGGAAAAAAUCGCGGAAUUGAUGGAGAGGAUACAACAAUUGGAGACUGAAAAUAAUUACCUUCGUUCGCAGAUACCAAAAAAUCAUGUGCUCAGUAUGCCCACAUCCAGCACCAACACGCCCGUUGCUUCUUCCAGCACCACUACGUCCCAAAACACAGUUCCAUUAGUCACUGCAAGUCAAAGUACUAACACAUCUAACCAAAAUAAUAUCACGACUGAAAUACAGCAAUAGAUUUAGCUGUUGAUUUUGUUUACCUUUCGUUUCGGCCAGUUGAAAAUCUGGUUUUGUAACAUGUUGUAUUUACCCUUAAGUUUUCGAGCAAUUUCGAGCUAGUAGAAGUUGCACUCGCUAGAUUACUUCUUCAGAUUUUAUGGGAAUUUUUAGCCCUGCUUGCUUCAUUUCAUAAUUGAUAUUGUUGCGCUGGUAUUGCGAGUAACUUGGAAUUGAAAAAUUUUCAAUGAAAUUACAGAAUAUAAAGGAGGAUAUUGGAUUGAUAUUACAGUAGUAUAUACUAAAGCGCCGAGCGGACAUGCAGAAAAAAAAAUUAGUUGCCUAUUAUACAUUAUUGUCAAUUUGAACUGGAAGUUGUACCUAAUUGACAGUUUGAACGGACAGUUGUCAAUUAUAUACAGUUACCAGUUUAAACUGUCAAUUAUGUAUAAAAUUACCAGUUGAAAUUGGCAAUUAUUUUAUUUUUUUUUGCAAGAAUACAAUCUCAAUAAAUUUUUUGAUACUCUCACCACAGCACCCACUAAAAUACCAUUAUUCUUGAAUUCUACUAAGUAUUUGCUUCUGAAUUCUUUAUAUUUUUGAUCUGAAGCAUUCGCAUGAGCAGGGAAAUAAAUUCUGGUGAUUCUGAUUGAUGCUUUUUUGUUUUAAGCAAUAAUAGAUUAAAUAUUAAAGUGAAAGAUAAUUUUUUCUUGAUCAAAGCUCUUCACCUAAAAUAUUUAUGAUAUUCUAAUGAAUGACUUUUGAUAGUGGUGACCAAAUUCAACUUCAAUAUAAUUCUUUUGUUUUUCAAAAUCGAUUCAUGAAGUGCAUAUUUUUCAGUAUUAAUGAAAGAAAUUCAAAUUCACAUUUACAAUAUUGCAAUAAUUUGGCACCACAUCAGUUUUUCGAAAGAAAAAAAUUAAGUGGCUUUCUAGUCAGUUUGCAUACAUAUUUAUUAUUAUUUUAAUUUUUUCGCUGUAACCUUGAUAUUUCAGAGACAAAUAUCUCUUCAAAAAUGUUGUAAUUUAUUCUUCCUUGAACAAAUGGUGACAUGGACAUGGAAGGAGCUGAUAACUGUACUGUUAUUCCUUGACUUAUAAAUUUCAAUUGGUAUGGUUGAUAUAAAAUUUAAUAACUUUCCUGUCCCAAACAGAAGAUUUACAUGACUGGUAAAAAUAGAAGCCUUUUUUUUCAGCUCAACCUUCAAUUUUUUAUUUUAUUCUUCUGCGAUUUGAUUCUUCUCAAAUAUCAGGAAUUACUGCGAAAUGUUUGUUCAAUUUGACAUUUUUGAUUGGCCGAUUUAAUUGAAAUUGUUGUAAAUUUUGUACAAUGUUGUAAAUUAUGUAAAUUGAAGAAAAAGUGAACAAAAAAUUGAAUUGGAUUAUAGCAUGAAACCAAAUUUUUGAUUUGGUGCUACUGGAACUGUGAUUAUUAUUAUUUAUUUUGUUGGUUGAUUUCAAAAUGAAUUGCUAUACUAUUUUUGUAAAAAUUGAUUUGUCGAAAUGAAAUUAUAUCAGUUAUAUAUUAUACAUGUUAAAACUAAAUCAAAUCUCUGUAUGCUAUCAUAGCAAAUGUGUAAGUAAUAAACGUAAUGAUGUCUAUUGGUGUACAGAUUUGUGACAUUAAUCAUAUAGCAAUUUUUUAUGCAUAUUUGUUCAAUAUAAUUUCUCGGUGUUGAACUGCCGGAUAAAUCCAUCUAUCUCUAAAUUUAAGGUGACAGCUGAAUGAAAACUGGUUUUCUUGAAGUCUUGUAAAAUAGCAUUUUCCCAAUGCUUCUGUCAUAUAUUGAAAAUUCCCCUACCUGCUUCAUAUGAUUCAACUAGCAAUUUAAAGGAUAAAAGAUCAUGAAAACAAUGAUCUUAGAAUAAACAAAGUCUAUGUUGGAAACGUUAUGUAGCCCAAAAAUUAUAGUAUAUAAUACUUAUAUACUCCACAUUCAUUGCUGUGGCACCCUUAAAUCAGUAGGUAGAGCAUUUGCAACGUCUAAGAAGAAAUGUAGAUUAUUAUGGCUGUGUUACAUUAUGAAAUUGUUUUUGUUUAAUAAUGAAAAAAUGUGUAGGGAAUAAUAUGUUAAAUAAAUAUGCAUGAGGUGAAUUGUGGAGUUUGAAUUUCUCCUACUGAAUUAGUUCAUUAUUGUGGGAAAAUUUUGUUUUUGUGAUUACAAUAAAUAUAUCAAUGAGUUGGAAAGAGACUGAUAAAAAAAAAUUGUAUAUUUAUUGGUAAUAUAUUGUGAAUUUCUAAUGAUUAAUGCCCUUCUCUCUUGGAAAUAUUAGAUAGAACAAAAUUCCUUCAGUGGAGUAGUUCUUCAAUAAGCCAUUAAAUUGUAUGUGCUAGUCGUGAUCUUUUUGUUUUCAUUAUGGAAAAUUAUUUUUUAAAAGAUCCAUGUGAUAUGCUCAUCAGAUUAAUAUUCCCAAGCUUUUUAGUUUAAAAGACUGGCCUAUGUUUAUUGAAGCAUAUUAAUAUUUUUUUUGUUAUUUUCCAUAUAUUAUGUAAUUUCAGAUAUUGUAUUUGUGAGUGGAGUUGUCUUAAGAUCUAUAUGUAGUGGAUUCAUCUUUAAUUCAGUUUGAUUAUUUGCAUUUUCUUUUUUUCGAUCUGACGAAAUACUGAAUAUUUCAGAUUUCUUUUUUAUGGCCAUCACAAGGUAUUAUAUGUGUAUACAUAUUUCUUUUCCUACCCUAUCGAUUAUAUAUAAACUAUAAAAUAAUAUAUGUGUUGUAUUGUUUUUCUAUGGAAUACGUUUUUAUUCAAAUCACAUAAGGUAAACUAUAUUUUAUUACGCUAUUACAAAUAUACAAAAUAAACACUAUAGUGAUGA